CCCCAAAAUGGCGUCCCUCAGAUCCUCGGCCUUUCAGACCCUGCUCCGCAGUCGGAACAUCUUCCUGCGCUCUCAGCAGAAGCGCUGGGCUCAGGUGCACGAUGUCCGCUUCCUCGCCACGCACCACGAUCCCAACCAAGUGCUGGACAGGUACAGCGCGAAGCUGAAGCAGAAAGCCCAGUCCGAGGGACACGAAAACAUUGAUUCCCUGAAAGAGGCCUACAAGGAGAAGAUUGAAGACCUCCGCCAGAAAGCAACUACUCCUCUCACGCCCGAACCCCCCAAACCCUCCACCACCGCUCCGCCUCCGCCUCCACCCACUCCCCAAGCUCGUGCCGCGACCGCCGCCAAAUCCAGCGGCAUCAAGCCCCUCGACUCCUUCAUUGACGUCGAGAAAGUCCGCAGCCUCCCGGCCAAGGAAAUCGAAGCCAUCUGGCGUCUCCGCCACGCCGGAAACUCCCACUCCAUCUGCGCCGUCAUCCCCGUCGAGACAUACCAGCGCAUCGUCUCCGCCGCUCGUCAGAACCCACAAUUCAUCCUGCCCCUGCCACGCACCCAGGCCGAGGGAGAGAAUAGCGCAGAUAACGCCAACACUGGUGCGGAUAUCCAUUUCCUGCAAUGGGCCUUCCACCCGCCGGCUUCGGCGCCGUCUACGACCGCCUCACCCGCUUCUUUGGCCAAUGCGCAUACUUCCACUAUUAUAUUUACGCCGCUGGCUGCGUAUAAGUUGCAUGGAGCGUUCGCGCAGCCCCAUACCACUAUCACACAUCAUUUGGACUUGGCGGAUGAGAAGGGUCUGGUUCUGAUGCAUGGACAGGUCAUGCCGGAUUCCGGGGUGUCGAUUACCGAGGCUAGCUGGUUGGUGAGCUGUGUUCAGCGGUUCUAUGACUUUGGUGGUCAGGCCAGUGGUCGUAAGGGAGAGUUGCUGCGUAUGUUCACUGCUGGUGAUGUGCAGGGAUUCAAGAUUGAGGAGUUGAUGGCUGAGGCGGAGAAGUUGUAAUGACUUGUUCUAGUAUUGUGAAUAGAUUGUACUAUAUACGUUUGUGAUGAUCAACCUCUUUCUCCCAACUCCAGUCUCCUAACUGACUUUGUUUCUUAACCAUUGUUUGGCCAAUAUAUCGGACGAAGCCAUUUCAUUUCCCAUCUCCCUCCCCUUUCCAGAUUCCCAUCUCGAUCGAAUGCCGCUAUACGUAAACAGUUCCAUGCCUUCCAUCUCUUGCCAG